AUGGGUCGAUUGGAGCACUUUGUCCAGUCUGGCACCGACGAUGGCGCGCUGCAGUCUGCCUCGCAGCUGGCUGAAGAGCUUCAAGCUUUGCGCUCCAUCUACGGCGACCAAAGCAUCGGUCUGCUGCAUCCAAGCACAAGCACAAGCACAAGCACAAGCACAAGCACAAGCACAAGCACCAGAGGCGAGCCUUCAUGCUCUCAACCGUGCAAUGGCUCCAACCCUACUCCUCUCCCCAAAGCUGCCGACCCGCGAAUCAGCAUGGACAAGCUCAGGCUCAGCGUGCGUGCAGACAUUGCAGGCGCAACGGCAUCGAGCGAGGCUGCAGCCUCGCAACCCCUCCACUUAUCCAUCACCUUGCCUUCAAACUACCCGCACUGCGAUCAAGCACCACAACCUCAGGUGCUCAGUCGCUACAUCGGCCCUUUGCCUGUAGAUCAUCUCAUCUUUGCAGAAGUCCUCAGAUGUUUUCUUCACUUUCAGCGCGUCAUCUCCGAAAGCGAUGUGGGUCGCGAGCGUGGAGAACAAGCAGCGCAGCACAACGACAUCAAAGGACUACGAUGGGUUCAAGGCGAAGUCAUCUGUUUUGAAAUCAUCGAGUGGGUCAAGGAGCGUGUGGCCGAGUGGUUUGAGCAGGGUCUUGCCCGGCGACGAGAGGAACAGUCGCGCAAUCCGAGGUCAUUGGACACUGAAGCAGCGCAGCCGCAAGAUUUCAGCAGCGAUGACCAAGACUUGGAGCGGCAAGAUCUCCCGACGUUGUCCGAGUCCACUGAACAACCUCACGCUAGUCACAAAGCAGUCGACAUUGCCAGCAUGCUCGUCAGCAGUCCACCCAUCACCGAACGAAAGUCGGUCUUUGUCGGUCAUGCUGCGCGCCUGACUCACCCCGACGAAAUUCCUGCUUUGCUUGCACAUCUCUUGUCCGACCGGCGGAUUGCGAAAGCCACUCAUCCGACCAUACAUGCAUGGACGUGCUCGAACACUGGCCAAAGCGGCAGACCAGUUCAUGCCAGCGACUGCGACGAUGAUGGCGAAUCCGCCGCAGGUGGGAGGCUAGCACAUCUGCUACAUGUGCUUGGCGUUGACAAUGUAAUUGUAGUGGUCACAAGAUGGUACGGAGGUGUGCAUCUCGGCGCAGACCGCUUCAAAGUCAUCAACAGGGCAGCGCGAGAUGCUCUGGAGGUCUUGGGCGUGGUUCAAGGUCCGCUCAACUCAAGCCCUGGCAUUUCAAACGCUGCGCAUGCAAACACGCACAAGCUUGACAGCAUCUCUAGACGGUAG